UUGACACUAGUCCCAUGACGGUGGGUGAGGUUGCAAUAUCUCUAGAUAGAUUUACCAGAAACUUCAGGUGGAAGUUCAGAUUCUUCUGACAAUAAUGGUGGGCAAACUUGCCAUCAUUGCCAGCGGAAUGACAGAGACAGGGUAAUUUGGUGCCAUAAAUGUGAUAGGAGAGGAUACUGCGAUAGCUGCAUCUCUACUUGGUAUUCUGAAAUGGGAGUAGAAGAGAUCCAAAGGCUUUGUCCUGCAUGUCGUGGUAGUUGUAAUUGCAAGGUGUGCUUACGGGGAGAUAAGUUGGUAAAGGGAAGAAUACGUGAGAUACCUGCCCAAGACAAGCUGCAGUAUUUUUAUUGCCUCUUAUCUUCAGUGCUUCCUGUAGUUAAGCAGAUCCAUCGCGACCAGUGCUUCGAGGUGGAACUUGAGAAAAGGCUUCGAGGAAACGGAAUAGAUCUUUCCAGGACAAAAUUGAAUGCUGAUGAGCAAAUGUGCUGUGAUUUCUGUCGGAUAUCAAUCAUUGAUUAUCAUCGGCACUGCAUGAAUUGCUCAUAUGAUCUGUGCCUUAGCUGCUGCCAAGAUCUUAGGGAAGCAUCUAUUCUUGGUGCUAAAGGAGAUAUGAGAAAUCAUAUUGAUGGGAGAAAUGAUGACAAAGAAACCGUAUUAGAGAAAGUAAAACAAUCCAAAUUUCAGCUAAAUUUAACAGAGAAGUUUUCUGGUUGGAAAGCCAACAAUGAUGGUAGUGUACCAUGCCCCCGUGGAGGCUGUGGUUGGUCAUUGCUAACCCUAAAACGGAUCUUCAAGAUGAAUUGGGUUGCAAAAUUGGUGAAAAAUGUUGAAGAAAUGGUUAGUGGCUGUAAGGUGUCUGAUACUGACAGUCCGCAUAGAAUGUUUAGCCACAGGCUUUCCCAAUCUGCACAUAGAGAUAAUAGCAAUGAUAAUUUCUUGUACCAUCCAUCCUCUCAAGAUAUUAAAAUUGAAGGGAUUGGAGACUUCAGAAAGCACUGGAACCAGGGUGAACCUGUUGUGGUGAAGGAGAUUUGUGAUAUCUCGUCAUUGUCAAGCUGGGAUCCCAUGGUUAUAUGGAGAGGAAUUCGAGAGACAACAGAAGAGAAAAUGAAAGAUGAUAACAGAACUGUGAAGGCUAUAGAUUGCUUAGACUGGUCUGAGGUUGAUAUUGAACUUGGCCAGUUCAUCAAAGGAUACUCAGAGGGUCGGGUCCAUGAAGAUGGUUGGCCAGAAAUGUUAAAGUUGAAGGAUUGGCCUUCUCCCAGCGCUUCCGAGGAGUUUCUAUUAUAUAAAAGACCUGAGUUUAUCAGUAAAUUGCCUUUGCUCGAGUAUAUUCAUUCCAAGUGGGGUCUGCUUAAUGUUGCCGCAAAACUGCCUCAUUACUCUUUGCAGAAUGAUGUAGGUCCUAAGAUUUUUAUCUCUUAUGGGACGUACAAAGAGCUAGGUCGAGGUGAUUCGGUGGAUAAUCUCCGUUUCAAUAUGCGUGACAUGGUUUACCUUUUGGUGCAUAUGUGCGAAGUGAAACUGAAAGGCUGGCAGAGGACGAAGAUUGGGAAGAUACAAAAAGUCUUUGAGGAAACUGAGGCAACAAAAUUACCAAGAGAUCCACAAAGCGCUUCAAAUGAGGGAAGGUUGCCUAAAUUAUCACCCGAUGGGCAUGAUAGAGAGAAUGCAUAUGAGUCUAAUUCAGAUUCUACUAAGGAUGAAAGAAUGGAAGAUCAAGGUAUUGGAACUCCUACUAUUGAGGAGAAAACCGCUAACUGCAAAGACUUGAAUGAAGCUAGUGGAGAUAUCUCUGAAAAGACUGAUCCAGGAGCUCUUUGGGAUAUCUUCCGUAGGCAGGAUGUUCCAAAGCUGAUUGAGUACUUGAGAGUUCAUUGGAAGGAAUUUGGGAGGACUGACAAUAUAGAUAAAGAGUCUAUGCCACAUCCUCUGUACGAUGGGGUAAUUUUUCUGGAUACGCACCGUAAAAGAAAAUUGCAGGAAGAAUUCGGAGUAGAACCGUGGUCAUUUGAACAACAUUUAGGGGAAGCUGUAUUUGUCCCUGCUGGAUGUCCUUUCCAAGUGAGGAAUCUUCAGUCAACAGUUCAGUUAGGCCUCGAUUUUCUAUCUCCGGAAAGUCUGGGGGAGGCUGUUAGGUUGGCUGGAGAAAUCCGUGGUCUUCCAUAUGACCAUCAUGCAAAGCUUCAAAUGUUGGAGGUUGGAAAGAUGUCAUUAUAUGCUGCAAGUUCAGCCAUUAAAGAAGUCCAAAAGUUGGUGCUGGACCCAAAACUUGGUGCAGAGCUUGGAUUUGAAGACCCUAAUUUAACUGCAGUGGUUUCGGAUAAUUUGGAGAAGAUGAUCAAGCAAAGACAGAUUGCUUGUGUUUAAUUUAGUAUAUGAAAUUUAUAUCCUGCAAUGACCAUGGCGAUGCUGCCCGGUUUAUUUUUGUGUGUACACAACGGAGUGGUACAGGUGUAUCGGAGUAACAUUCCUGAGAUUGUGCGUUCAAAUCUGAUUAUGAUUAUAAUGUACAAAUAAUGGUUAAGUUUUAGUCUCUCUCUCUCCCACACACAGACAGACAGAGAAAAGCACUUAAAAUAUUGAACUUUUUCCUUGAUCCACUGUAGAGCACUCAGGAACAAGGGUGUAGGAUAACAUGUACACU